CUGCCUCGACACGCUUAAAAUAGGAAGGGAAAUACCCUUUUCAGUAAACGCCAUCUUUUUCCUGGUCACGAUAUUAAAUAUUUUGAUAGUUAUAUCGGUCGUUUUGCGAUUAAUAGAUCUAUGCUGGUGUCAGAACCACCGUUGAAUGUGAUCACUGAUUAAGAAAUUUCAAAGAGUGACGUUAUACAGCAGAACAUUUUAAAAAUGCAGCAAGAAGCUGUAACCAUGUCUGAUUUAACACCUGGUUACAACCUAAACCAAGGAGGUUUAAGCCCGUCAAUAAAGAUAUUGCAAGACAAGGCAAGUCAGGGGCCGUUUGAAUCAAAGCAUGAAUCUAAAGUUGAGAGCAAUCCACCAAAAUUAGGCACGAACGACGGCAGAAAGGAAGUAAAAUCAAAGAUUUUCGAGAUGCCGAUCAGGGAAGAAGUGAAUGCUGCGAAUACGGAGCAAGUCGUUCCUAAACCGACAGAACCUAUCAAGAAACGUUCGAUUGAAUUGAAUAAAGAAAAUGAUGAAAAUAAAAGGUUAAAGUCUGAAAAUCUCACUUUAAAACAAAAAAUAUCUAAUCUGCAAGAGGAGAUCAGAAAAGUGGAAAGACGGAUAUAUACUAGUAUUCACCAACAAGGCUUUGACGAUGAAGAGGAAAUCGAAGCUGUUGUGGACCAAUUCGGCUCUCAGCCACACACUGGAGUUAUGCCUAAAGAGUGUUACAAUAGAAUUCAACAACAUUUGGAUUUCCUUAGGGAGGAUCUAGAUCCCAAGCACUUAUUGAAAUCCCUGCUUUUGAGACACGUCAUUAGCAAAGAUGACGUAGGCACACUCAAAUCUGCCCUACACAGCCGUGGAAGAAGGGCCUGUGCUGAAGUUUUGAUAUUUGUUAUCUUAAGAUGCACAUUAUCUGUUUAUAAGCAGUUUUUGAUUUGCUUAGAAGAAAAUGGCUAUUUUUCUGCCAUGAAGAAAUUAGAACCUGGGUGCGAGUUCUAUGAAGGAAAGAUUAAGUUUUCUAAUCAGAAACACCAUUUUAUUAAAAAUCAGAAGAGUCCGGAGUAUAAAGAGUGUGUUAAACGCUUUGAAGAGAACAUAGAGAAGUUAUACCAAACAAUUCCAGGCGAACAAAUUGUCGGUGUCAGGGACUUGACCAAAGGGUGUGUUGAGGUAUCAUUUCAUGUGAUAUCAUUAGGUGGUAAAUCAAAUGAAGAGGAACUGAGGCGUGUCUUGGAAGAUGCUAUAAAAUCUGGUAAAAUCGGUGAUGAUGCCGUUUCACCUGAGGGGUUUUCGUUCCAAAAGAUUUCAUCAGAUGAACUGACGGAGAUGGGAUUGACGAGUCAAAAGAAACAGACUAUGGAUGACCUGGAGAGGGAAAUCGGCAAACUUGAAGCAGAAAAUAUCCGACUUAAGGUCGAUCUUAAUCAUACUAAGACAGAAAAUCAUGAAUUGAAAGAGGAAAUAGAAAAACUUAGACGCUUCAAAGAAGAGAAUAAGAAGUUGCGGGCACAACUAGCAGAUGCCCAGAGAUUGGAAGAAGAGAACAGGAAACUAAAAGAACGAAUUGAACAAUUAGAACGAAAAUAAACAUGCUAAAGAUGGUAGGAUAACGUAUUAAAUUAGAUACCAACAUAACAAUCCCGUAGCCUGCUAGCUGGCUGCGGAGGGGCAGUGAACUUUUUAGGGUGGUGGUCCAGGGGUCUUUCCCCGGAAAAUUUUGGAAAUUGGACGACCGCAAACGCGUUUUCUAGUCCAGAAAAUCGUUCUCUAGCAAACUCUGAACAAAAUAUACUAACACAGAGAUAAUUGCUACGAUAGCUGAGUAAUACAAG